AUGCUGCUAAUCUGGACACUAUCACUGCUGCUGGGAGCAGUAGUAGGAAAAGAAGUCUGCUUCCCAAGACUUGGCUGCUUUAGUGAUGACGCCCCAUGGGCAGGAAUUGUGGAAAGACCCCUCAAAAUACUGCCUUGGGCUCCAAAAGAUGUCAAUACUCGCUUCCUCCUGUAUACUAAUGAGAACCCGAAUAACUUUCAAGUAAGAGAACUCACUGAACUUGCUGCAGAUCCAUCAACUAUCACAAACUCCAACUUCAAAACAGAUAGAAAAACCCGCUUUAUUAUUCACGGAUUCAUAGACAAGGGAGAAGAAAACUGGUUAUCCAAUCUAUGCAAGAACCUGUUCAAAGUGGAAAGUUUGAACUGCAUCUGUGUAGACUGGAAAAGUGGCUCCCGCACUGGUUACACGCAGGCCUCCCAGAACAUCCGGAUUGUGGGGGCAGAAGUGGCUUAUUUUGUUGAAGUUCUUCAGUCAGCGUUUGGGUACUCACCUUCCAAUGUCCACAUCAUUGGCCACAGCCUAGGCUCUCAUGCAGCUGGAGAGGCGGGAAGGAGGACCAACGGGACUGUUGGACGAAUCACAGGGUUGGACCCAGCUGAGCCUUGCUUUGAGGGCACGCCUGAACUAGUCCGACUAGACCCCAGUGAUGCCCAGUUUGUGGAUGUAAUUCACACAGAUGGUGCCCCUAUAAUCCCCAACAUGGGUUUCGGAAUGAGUCAAACUGCAGGCCACCUAGAUUUCUUUCCAAAUGGAGGAAAAGACAUGCCCGGAUGUCAGAAGAACAUUCUCUCUCAGAUUGUUGACAUAGAUGGGAUCUGGGAAGGAACUCGUGACUUUGUGGCCUGUAAUCACUUAAGAAGCUACAAAUAUUACUCUGAUAGCAUCCUCAACCCUGAUGGCUUUGCUGGAUUCCCUUGUGCCUCUUACAGCGUUUUCACUGCAAACAAGUGCUUCCCCUGCCCAAGCGGAGGCUGCCCGCAGAUGGGUCAUUACGCUGACAGAUUUCCUGGAAAAACAAAUGGAGUGAACCAGAUAUUUUAUCUAAACACUGGUGAUGCCAUUAGUUUUGCUCGAUGGAGGUAUAAGGUGGCCGUGACAUUGUCUGGGAAGAAGGUUACGGGACACGUGCUAGUUUCUUUGUUUGGAAAUAAAGGAAAUUCUAAACAGUAUGAAAUUUUCAAGGGUACUCUCGAGCCAGACAGCACUCACUCCAAUGAAUUUGACUCUGAUGUGGACGUUGGAGAUUUGCAGAAGGUUAAAUUUGUUUGGUACAACAGGGUGAUCAACCCAACUCUACCCAGAGUGGGAGCGUCCAAGAUCAUGGUGGAAAGAAACGAUGGAAAAACUGUGUUCAACUUCUGUAGUCAAGAAACAGUGAGGGAAGAUAUUCUGCUCACUCUUACCCCGUGUUAA